UUCCCCUAUUUUCAUGGUGAAAUGCUUUCCUCCCCGUAUCUAACAUGUACCAAAGAAGAAGAAAACUUCUCUUAAAUUUCACUCCAAAGUCCAAAAGCAGCCAAUCUAACAAUCUCAAUUUCCCCUUUAAUUCUUUCCUUCAAUCCAAACAACUGGAAAGAAAAUGAAGAGAUUAAGAAGCUAUUACAUGCAGUUUCGUCGCAACAACAAUCAAGCGAUGGAGCGUAGAUGGAUCUUCCCAUUAGCUAUUGGCUCCAUCGUUUCCUUAUUUUUGCUCUUCUUAACAACCUUAACCUCUUUCGAUGGCUCCCCAUUUCUUUUCUUCUACCGUUCCUCCGCCGUAACCGGUGGUUCCUCCCCUUUCGUUGAGAACCGACUGAAACCCAUCCCAAUCUCCACUCUCCCUCCGCCUCCCCGCUUCGCCUACCUCAUUUCCGGCUCCGCUGGCGACGGUCGGAUGCUGAAAAGGACCCUUUUAGCCCUUUACCACCCGUCUAAUCUAUACGUUGUUCAUCUUGAUCGGGAAGCUGGCUCUGAAGAGAGGCUUGAUCUGGAGAAGUUUGUGAAAGAUAAUCAAGUGUUUAACGAAGCCGGGAACGUUAGGAUGAUUGUGAAAGCUAAUUUGGUUACUUACAGAGGCCCUACUAUGGUUGCUAAUACGCUUCACGCUGCUGCGAUUUUGUUGAAAGAAGGUGGAGAUUGGGAUUGGUUUAUUAAUCUUAGCGCUACCGAUUAUCCCCUUGUUACCCAAGAUGAUUUGUUGCACACAUUUUCAUACUUGCCAAGGGAUCUGAACUUCAUUGAUCAUACAAGCGAUAUUGGGUGGAAAGAGUUUCAGAGGGCUAAGCCAAUCAUUAUAGAUCCAGGAUUGUAUAGUAUGAGAAAAGCUGACGUGUUUUGGGUUACACAGAAGAGGAGCGUGCCCACUGCAUUCAAGCUCUUUACAGGUUCUGCUUGGAUGGCACUUUCUCGCCCUUUUAUCGACUACUGCAUUUGGGGAUGGGACAACCUACCUCGAACUGUCCUUAUGUACUAUGCAAACUUUUUAUCUUCUCCAGAAGGUUACUUCCACACAGUCGUUUGCAAUGCACAAGAAUUCCAAAACACUACGGUAAACAGUGAUCUCCAUUUUAUAUCGUGGGAUAACCCUCCGAAGCAGCAUCCUCAUCACCUCAGGCUUGCUGACAUGCAACGUAUGAUUGAUAGCAACGCCCCUUUUGCUAGAAAGUUCCCCAGGGAUGAUCCCGUACUCGAUAAAAUCGACUCUGAGCUCUUGUCUCGGGGCCCAGAUAUGUUUACUCCUGGUGGUUGGUGUGUAGGAAGUGGGAAGAAUGGGACUGAUCCGUGCUCUGUUAUUGGUAAUACAACGGUCAUCAGGCCCGGCCCCGGAGCAAAAAGGUUGGAAAUUUUGAUCAGUUCUCUUCUAUCCAACGACAAUUUUAGACCGCGACAAUGCAAAUAACACGAAAUUACACGGAACGACACCAGCUAUGGGAGUCACUAAUGGUGAUUGAGGUAGGUUUAUCAUUCAUGUAUCAGAAAAUGGAAAUGGAGGUUUGUCCCACUGAUAUUUUUGCCUUUUUUGGUAAUGUUUUGUGUAACUAUUAAAUGCUGAAGAAAAGUUUUAGUUUUACA